AUGGAGUAUCGUCGUGCCUUCUGCGCCGAGAGCCGGCACCCCAAAAGUUCAUUCGACAGACAGCUUCCGGGUGGGGGGACCCGGAAGCUCAUGUUUAUCGACGCCCACGUUGUCGCGAACGCGUCUCACUUCAACAAACCGGGCGCGGACAAACUGCUCCAAUCCCUGCAAUGGAAAAGCGUGACAACAGUGGGGAGAUCUCAAUGGACUCACCAAGCCGAGGCGAGGAUCGCGAGUUCAUCUCGCCAAUUAUGGCUGGAGACGACGUCGACGCACGUGCACCCCGACCAGCCAUUCGAAGAAUUCACAUACAGCGUGUGCAAACAUCUCGUUAUCUACGCCAAGUACCCUUUCAUGCAGGGCGGCUCCGACAACUGGUCCCGCGUCGGGUCAAGCUGUGCCGUUUGUCGCGCCCAGUGGGAGAUCACGACGGAGUGGGACGUGCGGCCUGAGAAGGUGGCCCGCGAAGGCUGGGGUCUCACGAUUUGGUCGAGGCACUUCUUGGGCCUUCUCGGGAAGCCUCAGAGCAAGGAGUGGCGCCGUUGUGCGGGCGAAUAUACGACACCCGAUGUCGGGAAAGAUUUUCAGCAGAACAAGAGCAGAUGGAAGUUGAUCUAUCAAGUUUACCCCUGGGAAUCAGGAGGGGAACGGAGUGCGAGCCCGUGA